UUUUCUUUGAUUAACCACACCUCUAUGAUUGUCAAUGCUGCAAAAAGGUAGAAAUGAGAGUGUUUGCAGUACCUCUUCUUUUCGCUUGUUGUUUGGCCAUCAGUGACCACGUUGAAGCUCUCUUUCCUUUUCAAAACACGUCACUCUCAAUCGAAGACAGAGUUAAGGAUAUCGUUGAUAAUCUUACUUUGGAAGAGCUAGUGGAACAAAUGGCACAUGGUGGUGCUACUUUAAAUGGUCCAGCUCCAGGGAUUCCACGACUACAUAUAAACCCUUACCAGUGGGGUACUGAGUGUCUCUCUGGAAAUGUUAGUGCUGGAGAUGCAACAUCCUUUCCAAUGCCUAUAGGAAUGGCUGCUAGUUUCAAUUACGAUUUAUUGAAACGAGUUACUAAUGCAACUGCUUAUGAAGUGAGAGCUAAACAUGCUGCAGCUGUCAAGGAUGGAUCCUAUGCUUUUCAUACUGGACUGAGCUGCUGGAGUCCUGUUUUGAACAUAAUGCGAGAUCCACGUUGGGGAAGGAAUCAAGAAACUUAUGGAGAGGAUCCUUAUUUAUCAGGCUAUUUGGGACAAGCUUAUGUCAAUGGAUUACAAGGAAAUAAUUCAAGAUACAUCAUAGCUAAUGCUGGCUGCAAACACUUUGACGUUCAUGGAGGACCAGAGAAUAUUCCAACAUCUCGAUUUUCAUUCGAUGCAAAAGUGUCAAUGAGGGACUGGCGUAUGACGUUCCUUCCUCAGUUCAAGGCCUGUGUUGAAGCUGGUGCUCUUAGUUUAAUGUGCAGUUAUAAUAGGAUAAAUGGAGUCCCUGCUUGUGCUAAUAAAGCAUUGCUUACUGAUAUUCUACGAAAUGAAUGGGAUUUUAAAGGUUACGUUGUUAGUGAUCAAGGAGCUCUAGAGUUUAUUGUUAUUGAGCAUCAUUAUGCUCCUGAUUUCAUGAAGGCUGCGGCUGAUGCUGCAAAUGCAGGUACUUGCCUUGAAGAUGGCAAUAUUGGACGUAAAUUUUUCAAUGUUUUUGAGCACCUAGUUGAUGCUGUUAAAAAUAAUCUUGUUAGCGUUGAUACUCUUAAAAAUGCUGUGAGUAGGCUGUUCUAUGUUCGUAUGAAAUUAGGGGAAUUUGACCCACCUGACAAUAAUCCUUAUGCAAAUAUCCCUCUCUCUGUUAUACAGAGUGAUGCUCAUAUUAAUUUAUCUCUUCAAGCUGCAAUGGAGAGUAUUGUCCUUAUGAAGAAUGAUGAUGGUUUUAGGUCGCCUUUUCUACCUAUUACUAAUGAAGUCAAGAAAGCUUGUAUGGUUGGUCCAUUCAGUGAUGAUCCUGAGGUUUUAUUUGGUGAUUAUUCACCAACAUUAAUGCGUGAUUAUGUGAUCACUUCAUUGGCUGGUCUAAAGAAUGCUAACAUUGGUACUGAUACUCUAAACUAUGCAGUUGGCUGUGAAGACGGUCCUGCUUGUAGAAAUUAUGAUAGUGCAAAGGUUCGUUCAGCCUGUGAUGGUGUUGAGCUAAUCAUUGUCACUGCUGGCUUAAGUAAGCACUUGGAGAGUGAAGGAAAGGAUUUAUCAGAUAUCAAUCUACCAGGGCAUCAACUGGACUUGAUGCAAGAUGCUGAAGCAGCAAGUAAAAAUGCUUCUGUUAUUCUUAUACUGUUUAAUGCCAGCCCACUUGAUAUUAGAUAUGCUAAAACUGAUCCUCGUAUUGUUGGUAUACUUGAAGCUUAUUACCCUGGACAGACAGCUGGUAAAGCGAUAGCUAAUGUUCUCACUGGUGAGUAUAAUCCUUCUGGUAGAUUACCUAAUACAUGGCCCGCUAGUCUUGAUCAAGUACCUGGUAUUACCAAUUACACUAUGAAGGAAAGGACGUAUAGGUAUUUCACUCAAGAGCCUCUUUAUCCAUUUGGAUAUGGAUUGUCAUACACAACAUUUCAUUAUUCUAAUUUGAAUAUAUCUUCUACAGCUACUGCUAGUGGGGCUGGUAUGAUUGCAGUGUCAGUCUUGGUCACUAAUACAGGCAGUAUGGAUGGGACUGAGGUGACACAAGUUUAUGUGUGGUGUAAUAUUUCAUAUGCACCUAAACUACAGCUGGUUGGAGUGAAUAAGGACUUUAUUUCUAAGGGAAAAACACUUGAGGUCUCAUUCUCCAUUAAACCAGAGCAGUUGCAGGUAUGGACUGAUGAUGAUAAAUGGGUCAUACCAGUCAGUACUUAUGAUUUGAGUGUUAGUGGUCAACAACCAAAUCAAACAGUCCUUGCUUCCUCUAAUGUACUAAAAGGCUCGUUUAAAAUUCAAUAGACAUACACAUAUCACUUUCAUGUUUAAAUUUGAUUGUUUAGAUUUUUAUUUACAAGCUAUAGCUGUUACUCAGUUUUAUUACAAUUUUUAAUUUUAACUUAUUGUACUUUUGUUAUAGUCUAUUAUUGUCAAAAUUAGAAUUAUGUUCAUGUAUUAAUGAC